UGCCUAUACCCGCCACAUUUCACGAGAGAAGAAGGACCAUUCUGCCAGCGAAAGCUAUUGGGAUUCUGCCCCGUGGAAUGAAUUAGGGAUGUGCGUGCGAUAGUUUGCAUCGAGAGAGAGAGAGAAGUGAAAGGAGGAGGAGGUGGAGGAGAAACACAGGACACGGUCUGGACUGUCCAGGGGAGACCUAACCUCCCCGAAAAAACGCACCGAAAGAGCUAUCCGCCAGAAAGCGCUUGUGCAAAGUGCAAUGACCUGGUUGCCUUUUUCCUAAACACACCCACCCACCCACCAAAAUCCCCGCAGCUUUCGGGGAACAAAAGGAAGAAGGGGAGAAGAGGUGGAAGAAAGUGGAGGAGAAGGGGGGUACGAUGCCGAAUUUGGAGAUAGCUGCGUUGCUGGUGGCCCUGGUUGGGGUUUGCGUGUGGACGGACGACAGCAGCAAAAUUAUCUCAGAUCGUUAUGCGGUGUACUGGAACAAAAGCAAUCCCAGGUUCCACCAGGGCGACUACACUGUGGAGGUGAGCAUCAACGAUUACCUGGACAUCUACUGCCCUCACUACGAGCUCCCGUUCCCCAUGGACCACAUGGAGAGAUAUAUCCUCUACAUGGUCAACUAUGAGGGCCACGACUCCUGCGACCACCGCCAGAAUGGCUUCAAGCGCUGGGAGUGCAACCGGCCCGACUCGCCCAACGGGCCGCUGAAAUUCUCCGAGAAGUUCCAGCUCUUCACCCCGUUUUCGCUGGGCUUUGAAUUCCGACCGGGGCACGAGUAUUACUACAUAUCGGCGACGCCUCCGAACUUGGUCGACAAGCCCUGCUUAAAGCUGAAGGUUUAUGUGCGGCCGACAAACGAUUCUCUCUACGAGUCCCCAGAGCCGAUAUUCACCAGCAAUAACUCCUGCCACAGCUUCCGGGUCCCUGAGACUUUCUUCGUGGUGGUGGUGGUCCCAGUUUUCUGGACUAUCCUGACUUCCUAGCCCUGCUAGGUGAGGACAGAAGAGGAAGAAAACUGGAGCUCUUUUCAGCAGCCGCUGGGGGAAAAAAACGAGGGGGGGAGGAUUGAAAAAGCGAGAAAGAGAGAGAGAGAGGGCGUGAACGAAGAAUGGAGAGAGAACUCGCGGCGAUGACUUUGUUCAGUUUUGUGUGGGGAGGGAAGGGUGUGUAGUCAAUGGAUCUCUGAACUGCGGUCUCAGCCACAGACGAGCUUGCGGAUCGGGGCACCUCAGACAGCCAGGUGGACGGACCCUGCCUCCAUCUCCCAGGUCAAGCCACUGUUACGGUUCACAACCGGACCCCCGCUACACCCCAUCAGAUCUGGGGCGGCGGAAGGAUCAGUGAGAUAGCUGGAGAGAGAAGGCAAAAGAGACCGGUUUCUGAAAACCUGCGGCGGGAGGCAAGCAGGUUCUGUGCUUCCAAGACGCUCUGCGGAUCAUUUUCGUCUGGCCAGGACACAACCCCGUUGGGGGGUUCCUGUUUACCCUCCCCCACCCUAUGGGGUUUUGCUUUUCAAAAUUUCUAGACCAAAUAUAGUCUCCUUCCUUCUAUUCCCCUC